GGGACAGAAAAAGAGGAGCUGGGUUGUCAUAGGCGUUUCUUUAACUCUCUACUCCCAGGGGAAUUUUUGUGGGUGUCUGUAUUGUUACAGGCAUACUUGCUGACAGGUAUUUUGAAAUAAAUUACCAAAAUAAUUGAAACUGGCGUGAUUCUGCAGAAGUAGUAAAAAUGAUUUUCCAUAUCAGUUGGUUUAUUAAUCAGUGCUGCAGCCUCUUCUUUGCUGGAUCAUCCCAGAGGGAAUGUUGCUGUGUACUGAUUUCACAUAUUGAGGAUAUUUUCUUCAGGUUAGGAGCUAUUCGAGUGAAUAGUUAUGUUGAAGCAUGCAGAAGACUCAAGCUGCCUGCCUAACAAAAUGCUAAAGGACAGGACAGCGUGAGCUAAGAGUCAAUUUCUAAACAGUUCAGUGCUUUACCUGGUGGGGAAUAGCCUGUUUGCUGAGGAUGGCUUCAUGGCUGAUGAAGACGAGAUCCUUCGUGUUACGUUUCUUCUCUUCAUGUUCAUAGUAAGAUAUUGUAAAAAUUAUUUCAUGAACGAAGUAAAAAAAUAUAUACAGAUGAAGACAUGAACAGUGAAACCUUAUGUUUCAGGGCAUCAGUGGAUUGCUGCAGGGGGGGAGAGGAAAAUUUCUCUUCACACUACCAGAUACUGCCUUGUUAGUGAGGUUUUCAUUUUAGAUAUUGGUGUCUUCCAAGACAGGAUACCAGGACCAUACCAGAUCAAUGUGCCUGUGUAGCAAUUUGUACCUUUCCAUAAGCCUUACAAGAGCUCCAUGUGUCUUUGUUUCCUCUUCCUCCCCAGCAUGCACAAGGACCUCAUAGUUGGCCCUACUCUCUUUCCCUCCUGGCAUGUAUAUAUUUUUAUUUGCUUCUGGCUUUGUAACACUCUAUAAGUCUGACAUAUUAUUUCCCAGUGUCUGCCAGGUUCUGGCUAGUGGGGUGGGGGGAGAAUCUCUGUUGCUGAAUUUCCUUCAAGACCGUACUCCUGAUUAAUUUACUGUAAGUUAGCGCUUUACAAGCCAGAAGAGGCUUAGUUUGUCUGUGAAGCAGAAUACUAAAUCAGUGUUUAUCACUAGAAGGGUGGUGGUGGUUGAGCAAUGUACCAUCUGAUAGCUGUUUGAUGGGCUCGUAUGAAACGAGUUGGAGGUGAUGAGGUCAAUGAAUUGAACAGAAAAGUUACAGCCCCAGCCUUAGUGAACAAGUGACCACAUCACAAGAACCAUGACCACGAUUGACACCAAUUGACCCCCUUAUUGGUAAUAUCAGCAGACCAGCUGAAUUCCUCUCUUAACCCAAAGCAGUGGUUGGUCUCUCCAGAUCAGGGAUGAGGCUGAGAGGAGCAGUGAGUAGAAAGUGUAUAUUGCUGCUGUACCUUCUCUGGUAAUACAGAAUGGCAACCAGCACCUUCACUUAAAAGAAAAAGAAAGCAACUCAUUUUCUAACUGUUACUGGGAAGAGUCUUAACCAAAGCCAGACUAAGCUCCCACAUAGUUUAUCAGGUGGCAGUAUUAAUGUCCCUGGGUUCCCUGCAGCCUGCUGGCCAUGUCAUCCAUCCUUGGAAAGAUGAGGAAACUUGGCAGUUCUGAUGUGGAGGACUCUGAAGUCACGGAUGAGCACACAGAUGGUGAGGAUUCCUUUCUGGGAACCCCUGACAGCCUUCAGGGUAGCCAGAGCACCAAGGUACAGCAGCUGCCCAAAAGCAACAUCUUCGCUAGACGAGGCCGCUUUGGGAUGGGGGACAGCGAUAAGAACAUGGCGCCCAUGGACUCCUUGUACCAGAUGGACCACCUGGUUUCUGGUCCCAUCAUCAAGUUUAAUAUCAAUAUGGAAAGGGCAAAAAUACACAAUCAGUUUGCCAAACUCCUAUCUACCAAUUUCAUUGCAAGCUGCUCAGAAAAAGCUUUCAAGUUCUAUGAUCGCAGAAGGAUCUUUGAUGCUGUAGCCCAAGGUGACACAAGUGAUCUGAAUGACCUGCUGAUCUAUCUCCAUGAGACCCGGAAGCAUCUCACAGACAAUGAGUUCAAAGAGCCGGAAACUGGGAAAACUUGCUUAUUGAAAGCCAUGCUGAAUCUGCAUGAUGGGAAGAAUGAUACGAUUCCCCUGCUUCUGGAAAUUGCAGAGAAGACAGGCAAUCUGAAAGAGUUAGUUAAUGCAGAAUAUACUGACAACUACUACACGGGUCAGACUGCUCUCCACAUUGCCAUCGAGAGGAGGAAUAUGUACUUGGUGAAGCUCUUGGUCCAAAAUGGAGCAGAUGUUCAUGCAAGAGCCCAUGGAGAGUUCUUCAGAAAAAUCAAAGGGAAACCUGGUUUUUAUUUUGGUGAACUGCCUCUUUCCCUGGCUGCCUGCACCAACCAGCUAAGCAUUGUGAAAUUCCUCCUGGAGAAUCCAUAUCAUCCAGCCAAUAUAGCUGGCCAGGACUCUAUGGGCAAUACAGUUCUGCACGCCCUUGUGGAGAUUGCAGAUAACACCAAAGAUAACACCAAGUUUGUAACAAAGGUGUAUAACAACAUUUUGAUCGUUGGUGCCAAAAUUAACCCGAUGCUGAAGCUGGAAGAGAUCACUAACAAGAAGGGACUGACUCCUUUAACCCUGGCUGCAAAGAAAGGGAAGAUAGGGAUUUUCGCCUAUAUCCUUAGACGAGAGAUCAAAGAGCCUGAGUGUAGGCAUCUGUCUAGGAAGUUCACCGAAUGGGCCUAUGGACCCGUCCACUCAUCUCUUUAUGACCUGUCCUCCAUAGACACGUGUGAGAAAAACUCAGUGCUUGAGAUCAUUGCAUAUAGCAGCAAAACACCAAAUCGCCAUGAGAUGCUGCUGGUAGAGCCCCUGAACAGGCUGCUGCAAGACAAGUGGGACCGAUUCGUCAAACGCCUAUUUUACUUCAACUUCUUUGUUUAUGCCAUGCAUGUUAUCAUCCUCACCAUUGCCGCCUACUUCAGACCUGUGGAGAAACAUGGAAAGCCUCCCUUCAAAUUUGAAUACACCACUGAGGAGUGUUUUCGAGUCACCGGAGAGAUCCUGAGUGUGCUGGGUGGUCUCUAUUUCUUUUUCAGAGGGAUACAGUAUUUCCUGCAGAGGCGGCCCUCAUUGAAGACUCUGCUAGCUGACAGUUACAGUGAGGUUCUUUUCUUUGUCCACUCGUUGUUACUGUUGAGUUCAGUGGUGCUGUACUUCUGUGGCCAGGAACUUUACGUGGCAUCCAUGGUGUUCUCCUUGGCACUAGGCUGGGCUAACAUGCUGUACUACACCCGAGGCUUCCAGCAGAUGGGAAUUUACUCUGUCAUGAUUGAGAAGAUGAUCCUGAGGGAUUUAUGUCGCUUCAUGUUUGUCUACCUAGUAUUUCUCUUUGGAUUUUCCACAGCUGUGGUGACUCUGAUUGAAGAUGACUAUGAGGGACAAGAAAAUGACAGCUCUCUCUGCACCCGAUCAGGCCAACUGAAGCGUGGCCGCAUGUCAUACAACAGUCUGUAUUACACCUGUCUGGAGCUGUUUAAGUUCACCAUUGGCAUGGGAGAUCUAGAGUUCACCAAGAACUACAGGUUUAAGUCUGUCUUUGUCAUCCUAUUGGUCCUCUAUGUCAUCCUCACCUACAUUCUUCUGCUCAACAUGCUGAUUGCGCUGAUGGGGGAAACUGUGAACAAAAUCGCACAAGAGAGCAAGAGCAUCUGGAAACUCCAGAGAGCCAUCACCAUCUUGAAUAUUGAAAACAGCUACCUGAACUGCAUGAUAAGCUCAUUCCGAUCCGGGAAGCGAGUCUUAGUGGGAACCACACCUGAUGACAAGGACGAUUACAGAUGGUGUUUCAGAGUCAAUGAGGUGAACUGGUCCACGUGGAACACUAAUCUGGGCAUAAUCAAUGAGGAGCCCGGAUACAGCAUGGGCUUGAAGCGAAACUCAAGUUUUUCUUUUAAGUCUAGCAGAGUUUCAGGGAAAAACUGGAAGACCUUGGUUCCACUUUUGAGAGAUGGGAGCAGGCGAGAGGAGGCACAGAAACAGCCAGAAGAAGUCAAGUUAAAACCCAUUUUGGAACAUGAUUAUGAGCCUGAAGACUCUGGGGCAAGGAAGUCUGUGUAGUUUUUUUGUUUGUUGUUGAAUAUAAUUGUUCUUAAGAAGAAAGUUAAUUAUAAUUGUUUUUAAGUGUAUUGUCUGUGUUCACAGACCCUGGACUUGGAGCCCUUUAUGAGAAUAGGGCAUUAUUGCAAAAGGACUUAGGAAGUUACUGUAUGUAAUAACUCCUUAAACAUGCUAAGUAAACAGCUUGUUAGUUAAGACCAUGUUUCCAUAGUUAUUUCCAACGUAAGUCUGCCAAAAAUUGGUCAUUGUGUCUCCAUUACUGGUUAGGUAUUUAUCUCCAGAUCAACCACACUAGAAGGCUCUCUCUUGAGCUUUGUACAUCGCACAUGCUGGUUAAAAGCAGGAAAUAAACUUGAAUAUUUUUGCCCACAAGGAGUUUUCCUCACCUCCCAGUGCAAAAACUACAGACGGCCUAGACCUUGAGAUUUCCUACCUGGCCCAAACAAGAGACGUAAAAGUCCCUGUUAGAUUUCACUCCUUGCUCCCCAUCUCCACAUCCUAACUGAUCCUUGGGAGGUUCCUCAACUGCUUGGUGGAAUGCUCUAUAACAGUCCUCUGCCUGUGGGACUUGUCUGGGAUAGAAAGAAUGUCACAGCUUCUAACACAGGUACUCAGGCUGCAGUGAGUUCAAUUUAAGUUUUCAGUCAUCACACAGUCUGUAGCACUGAUACAGAAAUAUGGUUUUAUUGAAUAGGUUUUAACUUAAUCUUUACCAUACCCCAAAAUUACAGCAAUCACCGUUGUUUUGGUUAUUGGAUAGAAUCUAUUAUCAACUCCCUGAGAAACAGUCCCCAGAAGCUAACGUAUAUUAUGCCAGUACAGGUAUGAAAUAUCAGCGGGUAUGAUUUGUAGAGCCCUGCAUGGAUACAAAAUACAUAUCCGUGGAUAUAAAUCAGUAGCUGUGCAGUGCCCCGCACUGGGAGCUCCUCCAGCAUGGCCACUGGGGUGGGCACCUGUGGGUAAGGAGCCCCAUGGGCAGGGCUGGGGACAGUACAGCCAUGCAGGAGGAGCUACCAGUGUGGGGCAUUGGCUCCUGAGAGUGGCAGCCUGACAAGCUGCUGCUUUCACCACUGUCAUUUCCAGUAGAGCCCUGCAGAUACUGAUUUAUAUCCAGAGGUAUCUGCAUCCACGGAUAUACAUUUUGUAUCUGCGCAGGCCUCUAAAUUUGUAUAGUCACGUUUAUAAUUAGCAAAAAGAAA